ACCUUUAUCAUUUAGCCAUUUACAUUUAUUGAUUCAUCAAAAUAAAUUUAAAGUUUUGAAUAACUUCUCUAAAACCAGUUACUAUCACAUUUGUGUUAAAUCAACAACAAAAGUAAUUAAAAUAAUUUGGAACAUGUAAUACGUGAAGAAAACUUUCAAAAUGAUGUCAGGUUCGCCGAAAGAAUUUGGGAGGGCUUGCUGGAACGAAGUUUACAAUAGAAUUAUUGGUGCUGUUGUAUUCUUGGAUGAUAAUAGCGCCGAAUGCUUGCAUUGGGAUGGAGGACUGUUCAACCUUUUAACGGGAGGAGCUGUUGCUGUGAAAAGUUUGUCGCCAUUUGAGUGUGCUAAAAAAGAACAUAAAAAGGCAGUUUUUAUAACUCAAUCAACUUCAACACAGUUGCAAACAAUUCGUGAAAUUAUACGUAACAGUGACUUUGUGCACUGCAUUCUGAUAUCAUGUAUGAGUCUUGAUGUGGUGUACUUGGAGCUAAACGAGGGCAAGGAUGUCACUGACGUUGUCUCAGCUGGUAAAGCAUUCACUGAAGCCACAAAGCAGCUGGAAGGAAUGCUUGUGGAAUGGAUGGGGAAAAAGCAAUGUUCAACAGAGGUAUUACAUGUUCCAAUAUUCACAAUCUGUCCCACUAAUGCUGUAUUCCUCACACCACCAUAUCAGAAGAUAUAUCCAUUAUUUAAUGGUAACUUAACACCAGAAUCCAAUUCCAUAGACUUAUAUACACUGAGUAGUGAAGAGAGGUCUCGAGUGAGAAGACUUGCUAGUGGUUUGAAUAGUAUGUUUGAAUCAAUGAAUCUUAAAGAGGAUGUUUUUUAUAUGGGUGUAUACAGUUCCUUAGUGGCAGGGGUGUUGGAAAAUUCACCAGUAUGUCUUGCAAGGAGAAAGAAUUGUACAAAUCCUGUAUCUCUGUUAAUAAUUGACCGCACACUAGAUCUGUGUGGUGUGACCAGCCAUUCCAUGGAAUGUGUGUUAGACAAGGUGAUGUCAGUACUGCCUCGGUUCCCAGGACAUUCCAACGAUGUCGCAGUUGACAUGUCACCACUUUGUGUAGCUAAUGUUAUAUCACAUCCGGAUGAUAUCCAAUUGAGUGCGGGAUGUCUUUACCAUGCAGAUGAUGAUGCAUGCACACAGACAUUUGACUACAUGAUCAACAAGUCACAGAAAGAAGUCAUGUUUGACUUGUACAAUAAGCUCUCUAAGAUUGACGUACAAAAGUCACCCGGACCUAAGACAUUGUUGAAAGUUACACCAUUGAGCAUCGAGAAGAUUGUUAUUGCAUCUAAAGGUAACUAUGAUAUUAUUGGCAAACAUAUAGGUGUACUCCAGCAGGCACUGGGUGUGGUACAAACUUUGAAAUCACCAAAGAGGAACCAGAUGGAACUGGUGAUGGGCUUGGAGCGACAGGUCCAUCAGAGCCUCGCCGCGAGCAGGGACUCUACUAGUGUGCUGCAUCAGAUAAGUCAACUAAUAAAAACACGGAAGGAAAGAAAUCUUCCUUUAGAGAAUCUAUUAGCACUUAUCACGCAUGUGUAUUCUCUCACGGGCACCGAAGUUUCUUUUAACAAGCAACAUGAAGAUACACUCGCUGAGAUGCUGAGUGUUGCCAUAUUCGAGGACCACAAGACAUUACUCAGUAACCCCGAUCCGGGCAUGGCAACUCCUGAAGGCUGCGCUGAGAUGGCCAGUAAAAUUAUGAAAAAGUUGAAAGAUGUCUCACAGAUGAGGAAGAUUUUGAACAAAUACACAUCGGUGCUGAAGGCAAGUGAGAGCGGUCUAGGGUAUGAGUACGUGGGCGUGUUGCAGCAGCUGGUGCAUGAGAUGACAUCAUGCGAGCGCCCAGAGCUGACUGACUUGCGACAUCGACAUGACGGCUUUAAGGACAUACUACGUACCGGCUUCAAUAUACUAACAAGCAAGAAAUCAAGAAGUUCAAAACAUCCAUUGGACAAUCCAACAGUGUUGGUGUUCGUAGUGGGUGGUGUGACUGCGGAGGAAUGCAAGCAGUUACACCGCAGUAUGAUAACCAGCGGUGUAGACAACGCACUUAUCAUCGGUUCAACUAAGUUUGUCAACCCCGUGGAAGCAAUGAGAGAUGCGUUGGCUAUAUAGUUGUUAUAAUGCCACUCUCGGUCACUUAGGAGGACUCUUAGUGUAGAUUUCUAGACUAUUUAUGUAAGGGUGAUUAUUAAACAUGAUAGCUCUUGAGUUGGCACAUUGGACAGAAGAUUUGUUUUAUUCUCGACGUGCCAACUCACGUGCUAGUAUGUGUUUAUUAAUAACUGUGUGAUUCUUCUAUAGAACCUUUGAAAAAAUUUAAUGUUAAACAUAUGUUUGUUUGUCUCUAUGUUUUUCAUACAUGAAAAGGACACUAUUAUUUUAAAAUAAUUGAUUUUAUGUUAAGUU